UGGGGCCGGACAAGGCGCCGUAUGCGUCGCCAUUGAUGGUCGAGGGAGGGCAGGUUACUUGGCAUUCUUUCCUGCCGGGGGAUAAGGGCAAUGAGGUCGAGGUCUUUGCGAAUAUCGUCGAUGCUUUUAUGAGUGGCGCGCCACGGCCGGGACAUUAUGAUGACUGAUGACUGGGUAUGGGGAUUGGGUAUGUGUACA